AUGUCCGAAAACACUCAGGAGGACCAUUUAAAGCAAGCCAGUGCUCAUCCUGCACCCGCAGACGGCACAACUCACCAGGAAUCCGCGCUCGGUCUACAAACGGGUUCAAAUCCAGUGAUAACCACCCAAGAUGUAUCCACAGAAUCAGCCUCUGGGCCAGUCGUUGAUAGCGCAACCUCUGCAGAGCCAGAAACAAAACCGUCCAGUGGCAAUCUUCGCCCAGGCUUUUUUGCAGCAGGUGGCUCUCUGAUGCGCAAAUUUGACGAGGUCCAGAGUCGUCGUGCCUCUCGGCCCUCUUCUCCUCCCCCAGCUAUUGUCGGCAUUGGAAACAAGGUCGCUCCGCCCGAUUAUUCCGAGGAGAAGAUUGUGCUCGCAAUGGUGGGACUGCCAGCAAGAGGAAAGUCCUAUCUGAGCAACAAGUUGACGAGAUAUCUCAAGGCGAGUCCCGUAAUGAUUGAUUGUGCUUCUACUGACGUCGUACAGUGGCUCGAGUACGAUGUCAAGGUCUUUAAUGUUGGUAAUCUCCGACGGUCAAAGGCAAAAUCGAGAGCUUCAAGGACUGGCAAGAAAGAGGUUCAUUCCGCCAAUUUCUUCUCUAAUGAAAACGACGAGGCGACAAAGGAGCGCGAGACGCUCGCAGAGGAGAGCCUCGAGAUGCUCAUUUCCUGGCUGUAUCAGGGCGGCAAUGUUGCCAUACAUGAUGCAACAAAUAGUACAAAGAGCCGUCGCGCCAAGAUUGAAGCUCGAGUAUCACGAGAACCAAAUUUUUCGCUAAUCUUCCUCGAGUCGUGGUGCGACGAUCCAGAGAUUAUCGCGGCCAAUGUCGAUCUCAAGGUCAGCGCCGGGGAUCCAGACUAUAUGAACAUGUCCCGUGAAGAAGCGCGAAAGGACUUUUGGCGCGAAUCAAGCAGUACGAGGCCGUCUACCAGACGAUCACCGAGCCGCAUCUAUCUUAUAUGCGAAUCGCCAAUGUCGGCAAGUCGAAUCGCGUUCUAUCUCAUGAACUUGCAUCUCAAGCCGCGAUCUAUAUUCAUGUCGAGGCACGGCGAGAGUAUGUACAAUGUCGAAGGCAAGAUUGGUGGAGAUGCACCGUUGUCUCCCCGAGGGAUGCUCUAUGCCAAUGCGUUGCCUGGGCUAAUCAAGGACAAUCUCGGUGAUGCAAACCUGACGGUGUGGACAUCGACACUGCAGCGAACGAUCCAGACGGCACAGUUUUUGCCGUUUACCAAGCUCACUUGGAAAUCACUCGACGAAUUGGACGCGGGUGUAUGCGAUGGGAUGACUUAUGAGGAGAUUGAAGAGGCGUAUCCUGAAGACUUUGCGAACCGUGAUGACGACAAGUUUAACUACCGGUACCGAGGUGGCGAGUCUUAUCGCGAUGUCGUGCUAAGACUGGAGCCAGUCAUUAUGGAACUGGAGAGACAAGAGAAUAUUCUCAUCGUUGGACACCAAGCCAUUUUACGUUGCUUGUAUGCCUACUUCCACAACCUCCCCCAGGACGACUUGCCGUAUAUCAAGAUUCCACUUCACACUGUCAUCAAGUUGACUCCAAAGGCAUAUGGUUGCGACGAAGAGAGGUACAAAGUCGGGAUCGAUGCCGUCGAUACACACCGUCCGAAACCGGGAGCUACCAAGAGCACGCUCGACGCUGCCCAGAACACGACUGCCCGCGUUUUCGAGGUCGCGCCGGACGUGCCUGUCGUUUGA